GUCGGCUCGAGGGAAUAUUACGGUCCGGUCGCGGUGCGCGCAGCGAGAGAACGCGCGAGACGCUCAGCUUCACGACGCUUUGUUAUUUACAUCUGUCUCUUCAGAGGACAUUUUACUGACGUUUUCUCAACAGGCGUCACUUUAGAUGCAUUUCCCUCCGUGCUUGUUCUGUGUGCUUCAUAAUAGCUGUCUGUGAAUCAGAGCUUGUCUGCAUGUUUAAGAGCUUCGAGUAUGGACAUGGACAAAUGAAAGGGACAUCAUCUGAUAACUCCACGCAGCGUUUGACAUCGGUGAGCGUUUCUGAGCCGCGUGCGCAAACACACGUGAUGUAAAACCCUUUGCUGACGGAUUAUUAUUAUGCAUAAAUUGUGUUUUGACUGUGAUGUUGAAAUGGAGACGUGUUGUGAGUUCAUUGGAAUAUAUCUGACAUUACAUUAUUGAUAUCAAAACAACACUUACAUUAGCGUACAAAGUGUGAGUUUUUUUCCUACUUUUUAAAGUUUCGGUUCUUUCAUCAAGUGUUUGUCUUGUAUCUGAAACAUGGCUUUAAAUGCCAAUGCUGUUAGCCUUCCAGUCGAAGACGUGUCCUUCCCUGAAAUCAUUGAGCUGAACGUGGGGGGUCAGGUGUACAUCACGCGCGUCUCGACUCUGACCAGCGUGCCGGACUCGCUCCUGUGGGAGAUGUUCAGUCAGAAGAGCACCAGCAGUCUGGCGCGAGACACCAAAGGCCGUUUCUUCGUGGACCGAGACGGAUUCCUGUUCCGGUAUAUUCUGGACUACAUGCGAGACGGUCAGCUGGUGCUCCCGGAGCACUUCCCCGAGCGAGGCCGUCUGCAGCGAGAGGCCGAGUUCUUCCACCUCCCUGAGCUGGUGAAGCUGCUGGCCCCCAAGCUCACCAAACAGAGCUCUCUAGGGGACGAGGGCUGUCAGAGCGACCCCGAGGACCCCUCGCCCGGGGCCGACGUCGCCCGCAGCCUCGGGGCCGCUCCCUGCUCCGGCGACGGGAAGUGCUCCGGCUUCAUCACCAUCGGCUACCGGGGCUCCUACACGCUCGGCCGGGACAGCCAAACAGACGCCAAGUUCAGACGCGUGGCUCGGAUCAUGGUGUGUGGGAAGACCUCUCUCGCUAAGGAGGUUUUCGGGGAAACGCUGAACGAGAGCCGCGACCCCGAUCGCCCUCCAGAGCGCUACACGGCGCGCUAUUACCUAAAGUUCACUUUCCUGGAGCAGGCUUUCGACCGGUUGGCGGACGCCGGCUUCCACAUGGUGGCCUGUAACUCCACAGGGACCUGCGCCUUCGCUCACGAGCAGACUGACGACAAGAUCUGGGCCAACUACACCGAAUACGUAUUCUACCGAGGCAAAGCACCCAUGUCCCCCUGCUUCAGUGAUCCAGAUAUCGACAGAGCAGCAGAGGAGACCAUAUACAACCCACAUACGUCUAACGUCUGUAGCCAGGAUGACACAAACAUUGCCCUUGACCUAGACGAUGAAUCUCUUUCAGACCCCCUUCCGCCUCUCCCUCCACCCCUUUCACCCCUGGACAGCCCUGAACUGCCUUUGCCCCGCGAACCAAGCCCCCCUGCACUGCCCGCAUGUAGUCCAGCACGACCCACCACUUUGCCUUUGAAGACACUGCCCCGACCCAUGCCCAGCAACACCACCGCCUCCAUCACCACCUCCAUCAUCACCAGGGAGAACGGUGGACCGCUGAGCAAAGACCCAGAAGAGGAGAGGAAGCUGAUGGAGGAAGAGCUAAAGAAAUGCAUUGAUGAUUUCAGGAAAAUACGCAUCCCAAAACUUUUCCCAGACCGCAAGAGACACUGGCAGAGUGAUCUGCUCAAAAAAUAUAAUGCAUAAUAUGGAUAAACCACCCUGCUGAAAACACCAGCAAAACAAACACGAUCUACACAGUGUUAUGCAUGCCAUCUAAAUACUACUUUGUGUCAGUAUUUAUUUGAUUGUUCCUUAAUCAUUUUGAAAACAGUUUUUAAAUGUUAUGUUAUUUCCUGAUUAAGUGUCAUUUUCAGUAGAAACCUAAUUGUUACCGUUAGUUAUGUGAGGUUAUUUUAGUUAUUUUAGAGCUCACAAUCUACCUGCCAUGCUCCAGCCGUUAGGAAUGAUGUGAGAGCGAGUCAAUCAUUUUCAUUAAAUCAAGUGACAACUCAUGAAUUGCUGCUUUAUUAGCUUCACAAAAAGUCAACUAGCUGCAGUGGAAAGACAAUGUUAGUCAAACCAGAUUUGUAUUGCUGGUCAGCAUCACAAACAGGAAUUAAAGGGGUAUUUGAUGCUUUUUUAAAGAUCAUUAUUU